GCUUAUUAUCAAACUAGAUUUUGGCAAGCUUAAUUAUGCUAGCUUUUAUAAUUCUUAUUCAAAUAGGAGAACUUGCUGUUGUGAUGUCCGAAAUUGGCAGUUGCCCAGUUAAGCAAGAUAAAGUAAUAGGAAAGAGAUUGCCUGUCAAGUGGCCUAGAGUUGAGAAGAACAUUGGUUUCCAAAUGUGUCUCAGUAAAUGUGAGGCGAUGUCCUAUUGCCUGUCCAUUAACUUUAAUCGUGUUUUGUUGGAGUGUGAGCUCAAUGAGAGGAAGAAAAAUGACUCAAAUGAUUUAGUGGACGAUGAUAGCUAUUUUUAUGCUGAAACAGUUAGGGCAGACCAUCAGAGUAACGUUUGUGGCGAUAAGAUUUGCAACAACUACUCCACAUGUGUUACAAUGGCAGGGAAUAGGAAAGUUUGCAUUGAAACAGAUUGUUCCGAAUCAGCUCCAGAGAUACAUGUACCAAACGGAAAUAUUGUUCAGCGGACGUAUUCUCCGGCGUCCAUUACUUAUGGUUGUAACAAGGACUUCAUCGGUUAUGGUACCACCCAAACCAUUUACUGUUCUAUUGGCGGGAAAUGGUCACCUCUUGAUUACCGAUGUGAACAUAGUUACACCAGGCUAGUUGGUUCCAAUGUGCCCUUUGAAGGGCGAGUGGAAGUCAACAAGUAUGGAUCCUGGGGAACCGUAUGUGAUGAUUAUUUUGGAAUGUCGGAGGCAGAUGUCGUUUGUAGAAGUUUGGGAUUUCAAGGUGCAUUACAGGUAACUCAUAAAUAUGGAAGCGGCACCGGGGCUAUUUUAAUGGAUAACGUGAAUUGUUUUUCUAAUGAGACAACAAUAUUGGACUGUGGCUAUAAAACGUCACAUGACUGUAGCCAUGCCGAAGAUGUCGGAGUUAUUUGCAAACAUUGAAGGAGUUUCUCUUUCAUGAGAGGGGGUCAACGUUGCGUUGCAAUUUUUACUAAUAACAUUUUUAUCUGCGAAACAUUGAUGAUAAUGUGAUUCGCGAAAAUGCUAUAUGUAACAUUUAUAUCAAACAUUGUACUGAUUUUACAUGGAACUUGUAUUUUUCCAUUUUUGGUGAAAAUAAGUUAUGUUUAGGUGAUUUGCUAUUUAGGAUUUAAAAUCGAUAUGUGAUUCAAUACUGUAACAUGCAGCUUACUUUGUAGAUAUUAAUAUGUAAUCAAUAGUACAAAAUGUCAUUUCUCCAAUUAAAAUAUUUCUCAUCUCAAUUUCUGUUAUAAAUUAAGUUACAAUUUUUGUCAAAUUGAUUUAAGAAUUUUGAGAAUCCAUAUUAAAUUUUACGAGAAACUAUAAAAUAUUCAUAAGGGGAGAUGAGAUAUUGUUUUACUAUAGAAAAAUAUCGAUUCAUUGACAAACUUGCUCCAGGCAUAUAGGCAUCGUUUCGACACAAAAACAAAUGCAAUAUACUGUUGCAUAUUUUCGUUUGUUUGUUUGUUUUUUGUUAAGUUUUUCUAUCACAUUAAUUAAUUAACAUGUGCGAUGUUUUUUUCAUAUUAACAUUGCAAUUGAUACAAUUAAAAAUAAACAUCAACGUCACCACAAUGAAUGACUACAACAUUGCAUUCUUCGAUAUAAUUUUUUCAUGAAUGACCAUCUAUCUAUCAUGCAUCACCCUCUUGAUUAGAGUAGGUUUUCAUGCAUGUCUUGUUUGUAUACUAAGAAAACAAUUUUCCUCCUGUGGGGAAUUAUCAGAAUUUGAACAAAGUCAAACAUUUUGUAACCUUUGAUGUUGAUUAGAAUAAAUAAAUAUUA